AUGGAGCAGAUUUCAUACCAAGAGGUUAGAAAUCUAGAAGAAGUUGUGAAAUUUGAUCCGGAUGGUUCUGGAGACAGCCAUGAAGACAUGGUGAAUCCGCCAGGCAAUGAAGAAAAAAUUUCUAAGAAUAAUGAGAAAGGAGAACUUGACGAUAACAAGGAUAAAGAGGCGGAUGAAGUAGAAAAAGAAGAUGGGCCACUACAGAUCAAUAUUGCUACCUCUAAAGGCAUUACUAGGAAGCGGCUGCAUAUGUGAGCUUUUUAUUGUUUACUUUUUAAUUUUAGGUACCAUUUUGGGAAUGGCUUAUAUAAUUUCUUCGAUUUAGGAAGUCUUCCGACGUGACUGCCUUCUCAGAAGCAGCUCAGGAUGCUCAGAAGAAAGAAAGAGAGCGUCUGGAGCGUUUGGAGAAGCAGAAGGUUGGGGGUCCAUCCACGAUGAGUUAUCAACCAGUAGUACAAGAAGAAGAUCAACUUGAAGAAGAAGAUAGUGAUGACUGUGUCAUUGAUUGCAUAGUUGCUAAAAAGAAGAAGGAAGUGGAAGUAGUGGACUUGAGUUCCGACGAAGAAGAGUUCCAACGGAAUGGCUCUAUGCAAGCCAAGAUGUACAGAGUUGUGAGUUUUGACAUUAUUAUAGCUAAAAUAAUUUUCAUUUAGCGUCAAGAAGAAGAGGCAAGAACAAGGAGAGUAAGGAGGAAAUCCGGAACUUUGGACAAACUGGAAUUCACGGCAGAGGGAAGGUUAUUAGUGAAUGAAGGAAAGCCUGCUGGAGAUCCAGAUGUGUUUGUGGCUGCUCAUCUUACUCAUAUAUUACAACCCCACCAAUUGGGAGGCGUUAGGUUCAUGUACGUUCUUUUCUUCUUCUUCAUUUUUCUUUAGGUAUGACAAUGUGAUCGAGUCAUUGAGAAAUUUUGACCCAAACAAUGGAUUUGGAUGUAUUUUAGCUCAUAGUAUGGGUUUAGGAAAAACAUUACAGGUAAGUCUAAGUUAACAUAUGCUCUGCAAAUUAUAGGUAAUUACAUUUGUGGACAUCUUUUUCCGCCUGACCAAACGAAGAAAGGCUUUAAUUAUUUGUCCCGUAAAUGUCCUCCAAAAUUGGUAUAAUGAGUUUGAUAAAUGGCUGCCGAUGGAUGAAGGGAAACGGGAUUUUAAUGUUUUCUUGGUAGGAGAUGCUGUCAAGACCUUGGAGCAGAGAACGAAUGUCAUCAGUAAGCAAUUAUGCAAAGAUAUUACAAUGUUUUAUAUAAUAUUCGCGUAUCACAUACUUUUCAGGUCAAUGGGACUCUCAAGGUGGUGUGAUUCUAGUUGGAUAUGAAAUGUUCAAACUUCUAACUCAAUAUAAGAAGAAGCCAACGGACUCGAUAUCACAAUAUGAUGCGAUGAUUCAGGAGAAAAUGGUGGAGAGUAAGCCGCUUUAUUUUUUUAUUCGUGUUUUAGUAUGUGAUCGAGCUUUGGUAGAUCCAGGACCGGACCUAGUUGUAUGUGAUGAGGGCCACCGGAUAAAGAAUCUUAAGACAGCUUGUGCCGCCGCAUUGACAAGAAUAAAGACAAAGUGAGUCGUAUUUUUUGUUUAUUACCCUUUUAGACGGAGAAUUGUGUUGACUGGGUACCCUUUGCAAAAUAACCUAAUGGAAUAUUAUUGUAUGGUGGACUUUGUGAGACCAUCGUAUCUGGGAGAAAAGAAAACCUUUGCGCAGAUGUUUGAUAGACCCAUUAAGAAUGGAAUGUGUAUUGAUUCAACUCCCAUGGAGAUCAAGAUAGCUCGGCAGAAGACUCACGUCCUCAUAAAACAGCUGAAAGGAUUUGUUCAAAGGAGAACACAACAUAUUCUGAAGAAGAUUCUGCCCGAAAGCAGGGAGUAUGUAGUGGUUUUAAGGAAGUCGGAGGUCCAGAAAGAAUUAUACAAGAAGUUCCUGCUAUUUGUCAAGUCCCAGAUUGAUGUAAAGGACACUUGUUUUUACAAUCCACUGAAGGCAUAUGCUAUUUGCUCCAAGGUAAUGGUUAAAAAUUUUAUUAUUUUAGGUGAAUAUUGUAAAAUACAACUAUAUUUUGUUUUAGAUAUGGAAUCAUCCCGAUUUAUUGUUUAAAGCAUGGAAGGCUCAGCUGGAAACUGUAGAAGCCAACCUCCAGAGGCUGAAUAAUAUGAAUCCGUUUUCUGCGGAACCCUCCACUUCCAAUGGUUACGAUAAUUUUGGGAAUAGGACCAAUAAUUUUGUGGAUGCAACUGAUGCCAACAGGAAGGGAAAACGAAAAAAGAAAACGGCCAAUCCAUUCGAUGAAGACGACAAUUCCAUUCCCUUUUAUUGGGUAAGUCUUUCUCAUUACGGACAAAAUAAAUUGUUUCAGGCGGACGGUGUAAUGGUAUCAUAUCAACCAAAUAUCCUUACAAACAGUUAUAAAAUGCUCGUGGCCUUAACAAUAAUAGAAGCCACGGUGAUCCGAGGAGAGAAAAUUCUUCUAUUCAGCGGAAGUUUACUCACAUUGAGUCUACUGGAGGAGUUUUUAAGGCUAAGGGGGAAUGUCCCCACAACCAAAGGAGACAUUGUCUGGAAGAAGAACGACACAUACUUCAGUAAGUAACUAUUUUUUUAUUUUAUUGGGUUAUCUGAUAUAUUAUUAUAAUAUUUUUUAGGGUUUGAUGGAUCCACGUCGGCUUCGGACCGCGAAAAAUUAAUAGACCGUUUCAAUAACGAUCCCUCAGUCCAUUUGUUUCUGAUCUCAACUCGAGCUGGAUCCCUGGGGGUGAAUCUUGUCUCAGCCACCAGAGUAAUCAUCUUUGACGCUUCUUGGAAUCCAUGCCACGAUGCCCAGGCAGUCUGUCGAAUCUACCGUUAUGGACAGAAAAAAAAGACUUUUAUCUACAGAUUGGUCAUGAAUAAUUGCAUGGAAAGAGCCAUCUUUGCCAGACAGAUAUCUAAAAGUGGAUUACAACGUAAGUAGUUAAGAAGUUAAUUAUUUGUGCUUAGAAAGAGUGGUAGAUGAACAGCACAUUGAUGCCAAGGUUACGACGAAAGAAUUGGAGAAUCUGAUUGCCUACGAUGAGACUCUUGACUACGAUAAUGAUCAUCCAGAUCUGGAUUCAUGGAAGGAGAAGAUCGAUGAUGAUUUGUUGAGAGAUAUUGCUACUUUUGACUCCAAAAUUUUUGCUGAGGUAAGGUCUAUAUGGUGCGAUGGAGUGUUGUUAUUUUAGUGCCCAUUCCUCCACGAAUCUCUGAUGUUGGAAAGAGAAGAGGGGUUGAGUCAGGAAGAAUUGAUAGAGGCGGAGUUGUUGUACGAAAAGGAGAAGGUUCAGAUGAACCAGGGGUCUUACAAGUUGAAGGAUAUGCCCUCAUUACCAUCAAGGAUGCCGCAGAUGUUCCCUCCGCAGCCCUUUUAUCCCUCGAGUCAACCCCCUCCUUAUAUGGGGCAAUCCCCCAUCACCAUUGGUCAUGUCCUCAAUAAUAUGAAUUACAACCCCAAUGGGAAUGCGUUUAACAACAUGCAGAGGUGGAAUGAGUAAGUGGUCUGUUUGUUUUUGAUUCGUUGGUUGUAGAUCAUUAAUAAUUUUGAUUUCAGAAUGAAUCAGCCCAUUUAUCCGAUGAGCAGACCAGCACCAUUACCAAGAGACAUUGUAAUCAGCGCGAAUCCGGAAGCCAAUGGCCAAUUCAUGGGGUAUAACAACCAGUUCAGCCAGCCGUUUAAUGGAUAUAGUAAUGGAAUCCAGCAAGGACAAUAUUAUAGUGCAAAUAAUGGGGAUUACAAUGGAGAUGGAAGUUAUCAGACACCGCCGACAAAUCUGUUUACUGCCAAUGAGAAUAGAGCUAAGGAAAGUAAUGGACGGCAUGCGGAAAGUCCGAAUCGAAGAAGUCAAGAAACUCAUGGGGAAAUGGAGGCAGCGAUGGCCGGGUCUUCCCUCAACAAAAAUCUCGUCGCCGGAAUUAAAAGAGCAUUCGUUCAAGGAGGUAAAGCUAUCGUCUACUGUAACAAUCGACAACUUUAUAAAUAUAAUGUAUCAAUCUGCCGGGAAAAACGGAACACUUUGUCGUUGCAGCGAUAAGGGCAAAAAUUUUCAUAUUUCGCAGCGUUUUUCUCGACGUCGAGAACCUGUUCUUGUCGCUACAGCGACAAUUUUUCCCGACAGGCUGAUUUUAUAGUACUGCGCAUUUUCAAAAGUGCGUAGAUCUUGAAAAACCUUGGGUCACGACAAUUUUUUAAUUGCACAGUGUGGAAAGCGUGCGGCAAAAAGUCUGCGCUUUUGAAAAUCUUGAAACGGCAUGGUAGAUGAUAGCUGUACAUUCAUUUGUUCUUUGUAGAUAUUGAACUCUCAAGUGUGAGUAAGCCUGGUACGAAGCUACACUUGAAGAAAGGAGAUCCAAUCCUUGUUGUAUUUACAAAAACCGGCGGUGUUUACAUUAGAACUUCCACCGGACAGAUCGCCGAUGCUGCCAAUACUAUCUAUGCCAAAGCUGAAGUCAUCGAAUUGGAGUAAGAUCACUUUUAAAGUCGAAAUUGCUGGACACUAGAUGUAAUCGGAGCGACUCAGCCUAG